CAUCCAUCACAUCCUGUCAAGGUCUGAACACUGCUACAAUGGCUUCGCGUUUGGCUAAGAGCGCCCUUGGUGCUGCCCGGCUCCGGCCGACCCUUCCCACGCGCAACGUCGCUCCCAUCACUGCCACCUUGACCGCGUCUCGCUCGGCCUCCAACGUUCCCACCGAGGACCCCAAGAAGAAGGCUCAGUCCAUCAUCGAUGCUCUCCCCGGCAACUCCCUGGUCUCCAAGACCGCCGUCCUCUCUGCCGCUGCCGGUAUCUCCAUCGCUGCCAUCAGCAACGAGCUCUAUGUUAUGAACGAGGAAACCGUUGCUGCUUUCUGUCUUCUCAGCGUCUUCACUGCCGUUGCCAAGUACGGUGGUCCUGCUUACCGUGAGUGGGCUGAGGGUCAGGUUCAGAAGCACAAGGACAUCCUGAACGCUGCCCGUGCCGACCACACCAACGCCGUUAAGCAGCGCAUGGAGAACGUUCAGGAGCUCUCCAGCGUUGUUGAGCUCACCAAGCAGCUGUUCGCUGUUUCCAAGGAAACCGCUCAGCUUGAGGCCCAGGCCUACGAGCUUGAGCAGCGCACUGCUCUUGCUGCCGAGGCCAAGCAGGUUCUCGACUCCUGGGUUCGCUACGAGGGCCAGGUUAAGCAGCGCCAGCAGCGUGAGCUUGCCGAGAGCGUCAUCGGCAAGAUCCAGAAGGAGCUUGAGAACCCCAAGGUUCUCCAGCAGAUCCUUCAGCAGAGCGUUGCCGAUGUUGAGCGUAUCAUGUCCUCCAAGGCCCAGUAAAUGGACUAGCAUGAAUAGCCCCGCCGUCAGCCUAUGUACAAAUUAAAGAUCUUUCCUGUUGUCGUUAGACAUACCAAUACCAAAUGUGGUCAGUUUAAGACACGUGUAGCC